AUGAUUACAGAACAAUGCAGUAACAAUGAAGUUGAAGACAUUUACUGGAAAUGGUUAAGAGACCUUAAAUUAAGCCGAAGAGUGGAAUUGUUUUGGUGGAGACUAAAUCAUAAUGCUAUUCAUUCUAAUGAGUUCUUGAUGUAUAGAAGACUUAUUAACUACAAUGGUUGUCCAAGAGGUUGUGGUAAUGUGGAAAAUGUUGAACAUAUAGCAGUCCAAUGUUCCUUCCUUCACAAAGUUAUUGAAAAUAUUAAUAAGUGGGGAUAUAAUUUACCGGUUUUCUCCAGCCUAGAUAUAUGCUAUAAGGAAUUGCUCUUUAUAUCCAAAUCUAACCCUUUUAUGGGUAAUUUAUAUUGUACAGUGGUAUUUUAUACUUGGAAAAGCAGGAGCAAAUUGAUACACGAUAGCAAAGAAGAUAGUGUCAAUUUUAUAGCAGCUAAUGCAAUCAGUUUGGCCUCUUCUUCUAAUUCCUUUAAUCUAAAGUCGGUCAACUGGGAUUCUAAUCGGCUUAGGCUGAAUUCAACUACUUGGAAUCCCCCUCCAACCAAUUGGAUUAAAUUUAAUGUUGAUGCUGCUCUUCAUAGUUCUUAUAAAUUUGGAAUUGGCGGAAUCAUAAGAGACUGUAAAGGUAGAUUUUUAUUUGCCUUUGGAUUUAAAGCCAUUCACUGGGAUUCUUCGGUUUUGGAGCUGGAAGCAAUUCUAUCUUUGAGGAAGAUUAUUCAAGAUUGGAUGUAUGAAGCAAAAGGCAUUAUCAUAGAAGGAGAUAACUUCAAUGUCAUGAAGUUUGUGAAGGAAUUGCUUUGCAAAAAGGAUUUCUAUAAAGAUGGAACCAUUCAAGGUGAAUUUUUCUUCUUAAGAAAUUUUAAUUAA